UGACGCUUCGUUCCUUUAUAUACUCAAAGAGGUUAAUUUCAGCAGAUUGCAGGCGAUUGGACUGGGACUCUUAGGGAGUGUAAACUGAAAUACAACAAAGUUUUAAGAGGCAUCUGGUGAGCAAUCAGAAACACUUAACUCGCCGAGGCAUCUGCAGACGCCUACACAUUUUUUGUUUGGUUUCACGGAAAGUUAAUUUGUUUUUCAACGCAUUUUCUUGUUAAACAGUUCUACUGUUUUUUUUAGGUGGCUUAAAAAUUUCAUGAUAUAUUUUUGAGCUUUUAUUUUAUUGGUUUAUCACUAGAGUUUAGACUUCGUCCGGUGUAAAGUAUAUACUAAGGAGAAUGUCUAGCAACUCAGAAUCCCUUCGGCCAAGACUCUGCUCUCUGGAAAAAGGAGCAAACGGCUACGGCUUUCAUCUCCACGGCGAGAAAGGGAAGAUAGGCCAAUUCAUCCGGCUGGUCGAGCCGGACUCCGCGGCAGAGAAAUCGGGUCUGCGCGCUGGGGACCGGCUGGCGUUCGUCAAUGGCGUGAACGUAGAGAACGAGAGCCACCAGCAAGUGGUGUCGCGGAUAAAAGAGCAGACCACCGUGCUCAAACUCGUGGUGGUCGACCCGGAGACCGACGAGCUCCUCAAAAAACUGAAGCUUGUGUGCCUGGAAGAGUACGUGACCAGCGGCAUCCCCAACCCCAGCGAGCCCGAGAGAGAGACCGGGGAGAGCCGGCGCCAGGAGGAGGUGAUGUCGGAGGAAUCCGCUCCGGCGAAGGAGAGAAAUGGAGGGGCUGUGACUGGGAAGAAACUGAGUGUCAGCUCUGAUAAGGAGUUCAAGAGUGAGCACCGCCCCCGCCUGUGUAACAUCAAGAAGGGCUCCACUGGGUACGGCUUCAACCUCCACAGCGAGAAGGCUAAGCCAGGGCAGUACAUCAGAGCUGUGGAUCCUGACUCCCCGGCAGAGAGGGCCAGCCUACGGGCCCAGGACAGGAUUGUGGAGGUGAAUGGCAUGUCUGUGGAGGGGAAGCAGCACUCCGAGGUGGUGGCAGCAAUCAAGGCAGGCGGACAGGAGACCAGGCUGCUGGUAGUGGACCCGGAGACUGAGGAUUUCUUUAAGAGGUGCAGGGUGACUCCCACUGAGGCACACCUCACAGGUCCUUUACCAGAACCUGUUGUCAAUGGAGAUGUGGAAGAGAAGGCCAAUGGGAAGGUGGCUGAGGAAGCAAACUCCAAAGUCUCUGUAAGCCCCUCUCCUUCAAACGCUUCCUCGAACACCUCUGCUGGCAUGCCUACCAAUGAGGAAAAGCCAGCGGAGAGUGAGCUCACAGGCCCCGCCCCUGGCCUGCCCCUGCAAGAAGCCAAGGAGAGUGAGCUCACAGGCCCCGCCCCUGGCCUGCCUCUGGGCCUGUCUCUGCAGGAAGCCAAGGAACGCGCUCAUCAGAAACGCUCCAGCAAGCGGGCGCCAGCGAUGGACUGGAGCAAGAAGAAUGAGCUCUUCAGCAACUUGUAAACACCCAGCCGCUUCCCACUGUACUCUGGCUGUCUGUCCUUUUUUUUGUUUUUUUAUUUUAAACAAAUUAUAUAUUCUUUGACUUCUACUCCAAGGUUUAAAAAAACACCCUGAUUUUUACUUUAUUUAUCUAGUGGAGUAAAACAAAAUCUUAGGAUUAUUAAAAAAAAUAAAAUAAAAAAAUUAAUUACAGUAUUUCUACAAUGCAAAGUGUAUGAAAUUGUUGGAAGAUAAUAAUAGAACACACAAACAAUUAAAUGUAGUAUUUUUUGAAAGUAGGAUUUAAACAAAUGAGUUUCUGCUUCAUCCCCAUAUUGGACCAGAAUAAUAAUGCACAGCUACACCUGCUCAGCCAGUAACAUGGUCCAGACUGAGGAGUGCCUCUUCAGUGGAUUUUCUUGGAGGAGGCCGUUAGUCCUUCAGUUUCACGACCCUAUCUUUAACUGUUGUAUAGUACUCAAGUCUUUUGUUAUUUAGACUCUCUAUAAGAUUUUUGAUGUCCACCAGCGCUGUCAUAGUUAUCGUUUACAGGACAUUUCUUUCCACUAGAACCCCAGUCCCUGGGUGUAUCGCAGUGGCCUGCAUCAUUCCGGAACAGCAGGCUACUCUUCCUGAAUGACAUCUCUUCCCCCUCCCCCCUCCCCUCCCCUUUCCUAAAAUGAGAUGUGGCAGCUCAGUCGGGCUAUCCUGUGAAAUUAAUUUCUAUCAAUACCACUAGAAGGUUUUUAUGGUAAACAAAACCAAACCUCCCAAUAUUUAAGCUCCAUGUCUUAACUUGAUUUUGCCUUCUGUCAAUGGGGGUUAGAAUGGCUCUUAUCUGACAAUCAAAUCAUUGCAAUGCUGUUUUUAAUUGACCAAAACAGAGUCUGUGACACCAGUUGUCACAUUUGCAAGCUGUUGGAUUUUUCUAAGUAAUUUUGUAGUGCUGUACAUUGAAAAAAAAAAAAAAUUAUAUUUUAAAAGAUGUAUCUAUAUUCUUGCUUAUCUUGGCUUUCGUAUUAGUGAUGGAAGUUCAGUUGUCUAUAGUAGUAGUAAUAAUAAUAAUAAAUAAUAAUAAUAAUAAUAAUAAUGAUAAUAAUAAUAAUAAUAAUGAUGAGAUCUACAAUACUUUGUCUGAUUCAAUGUCUGUUGAGAUGGAGAAUCCUGCCAUCUGCAGGAGGAAAACAGUAUUGCAGUUUACAGGUUCUGACAUUUUUAAACCUGACACCUCUCAAAAUGGAGGAUUAAGGGCUACACCUUUUAGGGUCAAAUCUUUCUUUGAAUUAAUGAUGGGGGCUGUUCUUGUUCUCUCAGUGUUUUAUAUGCAGUUUUCAAAGAAAACAAAUUUGUGUUUAUUCAAUUCUUGCAUGGAGGCAAGGCACACCAAAGCAGCACCACCGCUGCUAUUCUGCUCUGAAGAAAUACCUUGAUGAAUUGAAUAGAAAGGCCUGUGCUGACCUCCUUGAAGGUCCAUUUGUGAGCCAGGGUGUGAGUAAGUCUUCCAGCAGCGGGGGUCUGUGCUUCAGUGUGGUUUAUCAGUGCACGUUGAUGUGUAACCCAGCUGUAAAUGGGUGCCUGGUUUAACUGGCAUUGCUUUCAAGGUUACAGCCUCCACUCGGGGGACAGGUCUUUACAUUUCAUAAGCUUUGACCUUUAAAGGGGUGUUUAGAAAUAACAAACAGCAUGUCGUGCUAAGAGGUGAUGCCUGCUGCUGUUGUGUAGGUCUGUGUUUGUGGGCAGACUGUGAAGGUCCCUGUGUACUGCUGUUUCCCUGGUCUGGUGUUUCCACUCGGAAAGGGUUCUGCUGUAAUGAGAAACUGGACGUGAUUCUGUGAAUUUCUGUUUAAAGAAUUUAAAAUAAACUAUUUUCCUCA